CAAUCAGAGGCCACGUUGCUACAUGCAGUGCGCAGGCGCUGUGCAGCAGAUAUUUCAUGUGUAUUACGCACGUCGUGUCCGGUGGAGGUCAUAGACAUCUGAGCAAAACUGAGUGAGAUUGCUGUCAUGGCAAAGCUGUUCGAGUCCAUUGGGAAGUUGGGGCUGGCCCUCGCCAUUGGUGGAGGUGUUGUGAACUCUGCCCUUUUCAACGUUGAUGCAGGACACCGGGCUGUGAUUUUUGACCGGUUCAGAGGAGUGCAAGAGGAUGUUGUUGGUGAAGGGACCCACUUUCUCAUUCCCUGGGUUCAGAAACCUAUAAUCUUUGAUUGCCGCUCCCGUCCACGCAACGUGCCUGUCAUCACAGGCAGCAAAGAUCUGCAGAAUGUAAACAUCACAUUGCGUAUCCUCUUCCGGCCGGUAACCACCCAGCUGCCACGCAUCUUCACCAGUAUUGGCGAGGACUAUGAUGAGAGGGUGCUGCCGUCCAUCACCACAGAGGUCUUGAAGUCUGUAGUGGCUCGGUUCGAUGCUGGUGAGCUCAUCACCCAGAGAGAGCUUGUGUCUCGGCAGGUCAGUGAGGAUCUCACAGAGAGAGCAAACACCUUCGGUCUCAUCUUGGAUGACGUUUCACUGACACACUUGACCUUUGGCAAAGAAUUUACAGAGGCUGUUGAGAUGAAGCAGGUGGCCCAGCAGGAGGCUGAGAGGGCCCGUUUCAUUGUCGAAAAGGCAGAGCAACAGAAGCAGGCGACCAUCAUCUCAGCAGAAGGAGAUUCCCAGGCUGCCUUGCUCAUCGCCAACUCCCUGAUGGAGGCUGGCGAUGGUCUGGUAGAGCUACGUAAGCUGGAGGCAGCUGAGGAUAUCGCUUUCCAGCUCUCCCGUUCUCGCAAUGUUACUUACCUGCCAUCAGGACAGCGCACAUUGAUCCAGUUGCCCCAGUGAUAACAUCUCAUGUGUUGCCCACUCUUGCUGUCACUAGCUGUCAUAAGGGCCAUGGAAGGGGUGGUUGGAAGAUUCAAUAAAGGACAUUCAAUUUCACACAAUUCUCCCACUCCUUCUCUUACCAACUCUGGACUGGGCUCUGCUAACAGCAGGAUGUUGGGAGACAGAGUGAGAGGUCUGUGAUGGAUGCAUUUGUGAAGUCCAACCAUGUGUAAGGAAGUGGGGGGUAAUAUAUAUAUAUA